GUCCCACUGCGGCAUUUAAAACUGACCGUUUAAAGGUUUGAACAUAUGCAGUUCUCCAGAGCAAACGGAGAUCUCACGACAUAUUCAAAUUGCUUAGCCAGUAAGGAAGAGAAGGAAAAUGUCGCAACAUCACGUUAACCCCGUCAAAGUGUGGCGGAUGUGGGCAAUGUCCAGGAGUUUAAUGGGUAGGUGCUGCAGCUCGCAGAAGAGCAAGGAAGAUCGCAAAAAGGUCCCCAGUGGUGCCAGAGGAAAUCGCAACCACGUGAUCCUGGUUUUGAACACCCAAACUGUAAGAGAGAGAGAGGGAGGGAGAGGGAGUUACAAGGCCUCUACUAGAACUGUUGGUACAGUACGUGCCACACAUUUAUAUGUCUUUGCAUAACACAGCACGAUUGCAGGCGCUGAACAUGUUGCCAAUCUGGCCCUGGUGUCUCCAUGAGGGUGGUUAACUGUAUCUUUAUACAUAUUCCACUGCUUGAUUGACCCGGACCCCGUUUAUUGAUUCCGCUCAAACGCAGAGCCUUCCGAUGCCGAUUGUGCAGGGUUUCGGAUACGUGCUUCGAAUCUUUGGAUUAGAAAAGCGGUUCUAUAAAAUCUCGUACUAUAAAGAAAACAAUGAUGGAACUUCAAAAUGCGGAAAAGCCAAUCGCUACCGGCCGCAAAAUCCACCAUCAACCUGCAGAAUUGUCAGCGGACUGAAUCAGAAUAUAUACCUUAAGGAAUGCAGCAUACCGUUAAAACCUCUC